GAAACCAAAUCUUUUUUUAUCAGGAAGAGAAUGAAGACUGACUAAUGUGUGGACAGUUCUCAACAAGCCGAGAGAGGAGAGGAGCUCAGAGACAGAGAGUUCCACACAGCGGGCUAUCUAGAGGCAUGUGACACUGGAAUAUACCCAUAUUGUGUACAUUUAGUGUACAGUGGAUGGUGUACUACCAUGAGGAUUCCACCUCCGGUCCUGCUGUUCCUGGCACUGGUGCUGAUUCCAGACCCCGGUGUCUCCCAGUUUGGUGCGCAAGGUAGAAUUUGCAAAGAUUGCGGAAAGAUUGAGGCUAAUGAAGAUCCUACGAAGUUAAACGAAUUGAUCAACAAAGUGACAAAAUAUGCCAAAUGUCCACAUACAGACAAUAUAAGAUUUACGUUGAAAACUCAACAAGGACCAAUCUGCGCUAAAAAUUAUCUAUCCUGGGUGACAAAACUAAAGGCGUGCCUCGAUGCCAAGACGUGUCUGGAUGACGCCUCCUCAAGCUCUCGGAAAGAGUUUUCUAAGGGCACCAAUCUGAAUCCUUCCACCACCACAACUAACACUCCAACCACGGCGCCUGUGACCAGUAUGAAGCCCUCAACACAAAGCCAGGACCAGAACAUUGGGCAGUCCACAGAACCUGCGGCCCCCGCUGUCCUGAACACCACACCGCUAGACUCCAACAAGGAAAACCUCAACCUGGCCCAAGGCAAAGAUCAGUCUAUCGAGCCUCAAAAUGCUGGAGAUCAACACAGUAAGAUAAAACACAUGCAGACGAUCAUUAUCUCAUUAAUUGUGAUCAUUCUCGUCGCGGUGGCAAUUUUUGUUGGCGUAUUUUGCCAGAGGAAGAAGGCCAAUAAAAUCAGUACACUUUGUGGAAGCAGACCUUUGGAGUACACGACCGCACCGUCAGAAGAUUCCUUCAAAGUGCUCAAUGUGGAUAGUUAACUACAUUAUAGGACUUUCACUAUAAAAUGACAGAUGCCUGUAGGUUUAUAUGUCAGAAAAGUGGCUUUAUGGAGAAUCCGAAAGCUUUCUACACAACGGUGGCUUAAAAUACUCUGUGCUAUUCGAGGACCCUGUUCCUUCUACUGGCUUGCAGCUUACGUUAUAUAACAUGGAAACCAUAUAUGAGUAGACAGGUCAACACGCUGAAAUGCAAUGUGCCACUGGAGGAGCCUGGUGCACCACCUGAUCUGUUAAUAGCUUUCCAGGUUGUACUCGUGGAGAUGUUUUGUCUGAUGCAGAUUAACACAUCUAUCUUCUGAAAUAUUUCUGCUGCUGGAAGAUUCAACUUCUUCCACAAACAUAAAUUUCACUGAGAUCUAUCUAUGAUCUAUCAUCUGUAGGCCACAUUAUGACAUCACAUCACCGGUCCCUAUCUCUACUCUAGCAAGGUCAGAAGAGCUUCUCCUUCCACAAACAUAACUUUCACUGAGAUCUCGCCUAUCAUUUGCAGACUACAUUAUGACAUCACAUCACCAGUGGACCGGUCCCUAUCUCUACUCUAGCAAGGUCAGAAGAGCUACUCCUUCCACAAACAUAACUGGUCUCAGCUAUCAUCCUCACCUAUCAUCUACAGGCCACAUUAUGACAUCACAUUACCAGUGGACCGGUCCCUAUCUCUACUCUAGCAAGGUCAGAAGAGCUACUCCUUCCACAAACAUAACUUUGACUGAGAUCUCGCCUAUCAUCUGCAGGCCACAUUAUGACAUCGAAUCACCAGUGGACCGGUCCCUAUCUCUACUCUAGCAAGGUCAGAAGAGCUACUACUUCCACAAACAUAACUUUCACUGAGGUCUCACCUAUCAUCCUCACCUAUAAUCUGCAGGCCACAUUAUGACAUCACAUCACCAGUGGGCCGGUCCCUAUCUCUACUCUAGCAAGGUCAGAAGAGCUACUACUUCCACAAACAUAACUUUCACUGAGGUCUCACCUAUCAUCCUCACCUAUCAUCUGCAGGCCACAUUAUGACAUCAUAUCACCAGUGGGCCGGUCCCUAUCUCUACUCUAGCAAGGUCAGAAGAUCUACUCCUUCCACAAACAUAACUUUCACUGAGAUCUCGCCUAUCAUAUGCAGGCCACAUUAUGACAUCACAUCACCAGUGGACCGGUCCCUAUCUCUACUCUAGCAAGGUCAGAAGAGCUGGACCGCUAUCAUGGUCUAGAACAAAGCUUUCAGCUUGCUUCUGAUCUGUUGAACAUGCCACCACGCCACUAAGAGUAGAAGGAUUAUUGUCUCCUCUGAAGAGAUCACAAGCAUUUCCUGCAAUACAUCACAUUGGAGAAUACUCUUUCUCCCUACCGAAAAUCUCAAACAUGCUAAGCCAUAGAUGGGUCAACACUUCAUAGAGGACCUUGUGAUGUCACGAGGUGUGCUGUUAGAAACGACUAAUUGGACAGAAGUCGUGUGAUAAAGUAGUAUGUUAAGUACCUGCUGAGUUUCAAUCACACUUGGAAAAUUAAGAAAAUAAAUUAAUAUUAAAAUUAAUAAAACACA